AUGGGGGGCGUUCCCUCCGUCCCGCAGGACAAGUCCCGCCAGGUCCAGGUCAUCGCCGUCGGCUACUCCCGCACCGGCACAACCUCCAUCUCCAUUGCCCUCGAGCAUCUCCUCCAAGGCCCCGUCUUCCACGGGGGCAACCACUUCUUUCAACGUGAAGACGCAUGGAUGCGCGAAUGGUGUCGCAUCAUCUCGUUGGACGGCCGCGAUCCCGCUCUCUUCUCCGCGGGCCUGCGCCGCACCCUCGCCGGCUACGCCGCCGUCGCCGACGCUCCUGCCUACAUGCUACUCCCGGAGCUGCUGGCGCUGUACCCCAACGCCAAGGUCGUGCUUGUCACUCGCGAUCGCGCCCGGUGGUAUGCGAGCAUGGCGCCCAUCGUAAACAACCUGACGGUGCCGAUGCGUGCGCUCGACGUGCUGCUCUGGCCGUGCCCGACAUGGCGCUGGCUACCGACCUAUCUGCGUUGGGCGACCAAGAGAGAGAUGACGAGAAUCGGCGAAGGAUUCACACCAGAAAUGCUGGACAAGCACAAUGACUGGGUACGUGAACACGCGCCUCCCGGACGCUUCCUGGAAAUGGACUUGCACGAGGGCUGGAAGCCGCUCGCCUAUUUCCUCGGCGUGCCCGCGCCGGACAUGCCCUUUCCGCGGGCCAAUGACGCCGCCGAGGCCGACGCAGUCGCGCGGCGCGUGCUCCUGACCGCCGGGCUCUCGUGGGCCGCCAUCCUGGCGGCGGCUGGCGUGGCGGCGUGGCAGGCGUACUAUCAGCUUUCAAAAGGGCAUGGGAGUGGUGUGCUGUCGAGUCUUUGGGGGUGGACGCGUGGCGGCGCGCAUCGUGGCGGGUUUUUAUUUGAUCCUCUUUUCCAGUAUUUUUAG